AUGAUGUUCCCCAGAAUUCUCUCCCUCUCUAGGCCUCUAUCUAGAUCCCUCUCCACCUCCCCCAUCCGCCUCAACCAUCCCCAACCCACCCCAGACUCCAACCCCAGCACCUUCAAGCAGACCGCCUCCCGCUACCGCCUCUUCGCCAGCCCCUUUGCCAAAGUCUUCCUCGGCGGCAUCUUCACCUACCAGGUCAUCUACUGGACGUGGCUCAAGCUGGAGAUGGAUGAGUCCAAGUGGGAGAAGCAUCAAGAAGCUACUGCCCUGGAGAAAGAGGCGAGGGAGUUGACUGCUGAGCAGAAGUAA